AUGAAUCAUGUUUAUAAAUAUGAUCGCAAAUUCCAACAAAUCGGACUUCCUACCAAAUUAAUUACAAGCUUAGCCGCUACAUCUGCUGAGGCAACAGUUGAUGACGUUAUUAUUUCAUGCACAAAGAUGGAAGUUUUAGAGGAUAAAUGCAUUACACCAGGA